UAUGGCAAGAAUCAUUCCUGUAUUGGCACUUAUCUUGGCAGUGGCUACUGCAAGAGUAACAAGAAGUGAGAGUCCAAAGGAAGUGUUAGCUUAAAUCAAUAAAGAUUCAUUUGGAAACUCAAUAUUGUCAGUCCUUUAACUAUAAUUGGCAACAGGAGGACCAGUAGGAGAAAUCUAAAUCCUUUUAAACAACAUUGCUUCAUAACUAAAUGGAGAUUAAAAGAAAGCUGACAAGGUUCAUGAAAGUGACACAGUUGCCUUUGAAAAGGUAUUGAAAAAUAAUAUAAAUUUUUUAAUAGAUCAUUGCUGAUUUAGAAUAAGAGAUUGCUUAUCAUUAAAGCUAAAUUGUUGCUCUUUCUAAUUUGAGAGAUUCAACAACUGAGGCAUUAGGAGAAGCUGAAGCUGAAGUCAGAGUUGUCACAUCUGAUAUUGCCAACAAUGAAAAGAGCUUUGCUGAUGAAUAAGCUACAAGAAAUUCAUAACACGAAACAUGGGUUAGAAAGGAUGCUGAACAUGUUGAUUAAAUGGAUGCUAUUGAUGAAGCUUCAAAGAUUGUUUAACAUUUGUAAGCAGGUGUUGCAUUUGCUCAACUCAAGAGCAGAUUUGAAAAAGUCUAAGCUAAAUUGAUGGAAAGCAAACAUGCUCUCUUUAAAGUAUUAAUUAUAUCCUAUAUAUAUUAUAGCCACUCAUUAAUGCCUUAACAUAAUUAGCCUCAAAGGUUGAUAACAAGAGCAUCAUCAAGAUUUUAGAACUUUUGGCUUAAAUCAGAUAAUAAUUGGUUGCCAGUAGAGCAUCUCUCCUUGCAACAGAAGAGAGAUAAGCUGCUAACUGGGAAGUCUAAAGUGGUCACUUAUAAGAAGAACAUAAGAGAUUAGUUGAGAGAAAAGCUUUCUUAGAAAACUCAAUUGUUCAAUUCAAAGUAACCAUCUAAGAGGCUGUUGAAGAUUUAGAAGAUUAAACUGUAAUGAUUAAGAUUAAUUUCUAUUAGUUAUUCCUUGAAGAUGCUGAAGAUUCAUUGGCUAUCUAAGAAAGAUGGGCUGCAGAAUAAGAAGCUUAAUAUGAAGCCUAAACAUUUGAAAGAGAAUAAUAAUUGGAAGUUGUUGAAAGAUUAUAAGAAGUCCUUACUUAGAAAGUUAGUGCUGCCUCCGAAUUCCUUUAAAUCAGAGAAGAGGUCUUUUGAUU